GUUUGUUCUGUAAACAGGAUCACCAGUAGCGGAAAGUUUGUCUAACGUACAGCACUACUCGCGUAUAAAGGGUUUUAAUAUAUAAUUUUGAAAGUGAGAAUAUUAAACGUUUCCAAGGUAUGAAUUGGUGUUUACUGCUAAUUGGGCUGCUGUACACCGAUGCAAAGGAAUGGAGUUUCAAGACGGAGUUUAAAGUUUCUCCAUCAAGAACAUGGAAGCCAACCCCUCAACGUAGUAUCCAACCGGAGAUAAACAGUACGACUGAAACUCAAACUGUUGAUCUAAAGAUGGAAGAUAAGAUGGAGAAAGUUUUUAUAGAUUUUAAAAAAUUAAUGCCAGCUGUUAGGAGAUUAAGGAAUAAGAAGUUGCUCUCUCUUCCUUCUUUUUCCAUUGACCACAUGCCAUCCUCCAGUAAGAUAGAGAUCAUCAGCAGUACAACAACCACCACCACAACCACAACAACCACAACAAUAACAACAAUAACAACAACAACAACCACUACUACCACCACCACAAGGACGACAGUAACAGCAGUCAAAUAUGAGCCAAGAACCACCCAAACUGUUACAGACACUGCACCAACCCCUCCAACCUUUAAACCCACUAGUUUCAAAUUUAACUCUAAUACAUUCCAACGGUUUCGUUCCAAACGCUCUCCAGACGCAGAUCCUCAGUUUUCUGUUUAUGAUUUUAGACCCCGUACCAGAGGAUUCUCAUCUGGGUUCUCUGCUACGGGUUCAGGAUUUUCAACCUCACCUGAUUCAGGAGAUCUUCCUUCUCUUGAUUCUAAGACCUCAUCUGCCAGCUCUGAUUUCAAUCCUUCAAACUCAGAUUUUGUAACUGAUGCCAGUCAUGAUUUUACUAGUUCUAACUUCAGAGAAUCUCCUACAAGCUCAGAAGUUGUGGAGAACACUUUUGACAACAAAUUUUCAUCAUCUGGAAGUAGCUUCUCCCUGCCUAGCUCCAAGUUUUCUCAGCCUAGCUCCAAUUUUUCUCCGCCCAGCUCUCAAUUCUCUCUGCCUAGCUCUCGUUUCUCUCCCCCUAGCUCCCAGUUCUCUCCCCCUAGCUCCCAGUUCUCUCCCCCUAGCCCCCAGUCAACCCCUGAGCCUGAGAUAUUUCCCCAAAAUUCUGUAAAUUCUGCAAGCAGCUUUGAUUUUUCCACUCCACCAUUAACUAGAUUCUCUCCUGGUUCUGGAUUUUCAGCUUCUAUAAUUUCUAAAUUUAACUCAGGAUUUGGAACAACUUCCAACUUCAAGGAUUUCGCAGGUUCAUCUAGGGAUCUUGGGGAAACCUCUGGAAGGGAGCCAACCACUUUGAGGGAGUCGACCACUACAAGGGAGUCAAUCACACCGAGCGAGCCAACCACAACAAGGGAACCAACUACUACCGAGGAGCCAACUACUACCACCAUGGAGCCAGCUACUACUACAUUAGAGCCAACGUCCACUACCAGGGAGCCAACUACUACUACAAGGGAGCCAACUACUACUACAAGGGAGCCAACUACCAGAACCAGGGAGGCAACUACCACAACUAGGGAGCCAACUACCACAACUAGGGAGCCAACUACCACAACUAGGGAGCCAACUACCACAACUAGGGAGCCAACUACCACAACUAGGGAGCCAAUUACCACAACUAGGGAGCCAAUUACCACAACUAGGGAGCCAACCACCACAACUAGGGAGCCAACUACCACAACUAGGGAGCCAAUUACCACAACUAGGGAGCCAAUUACCACAACUAGGGAGCCAAUUACCACAACUAGGGAGCCAACCACCACAACUAGGGAGCCAACCACCACAACUAGGGAGCCAACCACCACAACUAGGGAGCCUGCCACCACAACUAGGGAGCCUGCCACCGUAACUAGGGAGCCAACCACCGCAACUUGGGAGUCAACCAUCGCAAGUAUGGAGCCAGCCACCACAACUAGGGAGCCAGCCACCACAACUAGGGAGCCAGCCACCACAACUAGGGAGCCAGCCACCACAACUAGGGAGCCAACUACCACAACUAGGGAGCCAACUACCAAAUCUAGGGAGCCAUUUACCACAACUUGGGAGCCAAUUACCACAACUAGGGAGCCAAUUACCACAACUAGGGAGCCAAUUACCACAACCAUGGAGCCAACUACCACAACUGAAAAGACAACUACCACAUUUAAGAAGCCAACUACCACAACUUGGGAGCCUACCACUACAAUUAGGGAGCCUGACUUUACUACGAAAGAACCAGUCAGUACUUUAACAACAAUGGGAACAAUUUCUACCACAAUGAAUCCUGUUUUUGAGCCAUCAUUAUUAGAGCCAUCGGUUAUAAUAAAUUCUGGUAAACCAUUGAUUACCAUUGGGGAAUCAAGUCUCAGCAAAAACGACUCAAUAACUAUUUCUCAUACUUUUGAUGAAGCUACUUAUUCCCUUGAUCCAACACGCAAUUAUAUGGAGACUUCUUCAAUACAAGAUCAAAAAGUUUAUUUCAAAACCACAGAAUCACAAUCAAUUACAAUAAUUGGUCAAGAAAAAUUGAAUAAGAAUACAUUACCCUUACCAGAUAUAGAGGAUAUUACUUCAUCCCCCGGAGAUCAAACUAAGCAUCUUAUGUCUGAUCUUGUACUUAAUGAACCAAAUGCAGAAAUUUUCAUGGAGAAGUUAAACACCAGCAUAUUUUCUAUUAUGAAAGAUAAUGUUGAAAUGCACUUUGAAAUGGGACGCAACAGUUUUGGAGACAAAGCAUUAGUUUUAGUCCCUGGCCAUGUAAACCUCAGUAAGGGAGGACAUUCAGAAUUGAACCUUUUACUUUCAAAUACGACAAAUCAAAAAAUAGCUACUACCCUUGCCUCUGAUGAAUCUUCGACCAUCACUAGCAACCAAGAAACACAUGGAUCCCCUAUCACGCCAAUAAAAGUACCUGUUAACAAGGAUUUUCUCGCCUCCCUUCAAUCUUCUGGUGAAAAAGAAGACACCAUUUUCAGAGAGGAUCCUCCGGCCCCUCUUCACCCUUCUGAAUACAGCGAGGUCACACUACUUAAGGAGGAUCUCCCAUCCUCUCUUCUCCCUCCCGGAUACAAGGAGGUCACUUUAUUAAAGGAGGAUCUGCCAGCCUCUCUCCUCCCCCCUGGAUAUGUAGAGGAAAAUAUCCCUGUUAAGGAUUAUCCAGACCGGCUUCCUACAUCCCUUCUUCCUCCAGGAUACAACGAACCUCCUUCUAUUGAAUUAUCUAACUUAGCCAAGAUUAGAAAUACAUACAGGGGACGAUACAAAUCUGCAGCAGAGAAUGAACAUGACUUUAUUGAACCUCAAACUGAUGUUAAGUUCUCAUUCGAAGAGUCGGACAACACAACAGGUGUUGAAAUCUCUGGGUUUGGAAGAGCUGAUAAGCAAUCAUCGUCUGAUCCAAUCAGUGCUUUACUAUCCAACAUUACAGUUCUGCCAGUGAAUGAGUUUUUACCCACAGGUUACAGAUACGGGAAGACAAGUCCUCCUGUGGUCCAACCUAGUCCAGUUUAUCCCCAAGAUGGUGAUUUUAAUGAUCUUCUGAGGAAUAAAUAUGAAGAAAUUUCUAGACCAUUGGCAAAUCAAAGAAUUAACGAUGGCGCUCGUCCUGCUCCCAGAUUUAAACCAAAAAAGACUUUGAGCUCAAUCUUCAAGGAGCUGUCUAAAGAUGGUGGAUUGAUAAAGAAUGAUGACUCAAAAAUAAAAGAAACCAUUAAAGAUGAAAACCCUAUAAACAACAUUGAUUUUGAAGAUUCUGGCAUUUUUGAAUCCAUUUUGAAAGGAAAGGCUGUAAAUUUUGUUGAAAAAGUUAAGACUACCACAACUACCACUACAACAUCAACUACCACAAAAAAGAUUCCAGUCAAAACGACUUCCACAACCACCACAACCACAAUAAGGCCAAGAAGUACAACCCCAGGUUUAUGUGGAGAAUAUUGUCGUUUAGCCGGAACCAUUCGUAUACUUUCAGGACUUGAAUGGACAGAUAAUCUCAGCUAUCAUGAUUCAAGUAACUUUGUUGAUGUUUCGUCCCGCCUGAUGGCUCAGAUUCUUCUAGCCUUCAAGAAAGCUUACUUCGGCAGCUCAAUCAGUUCCACUAAAGUUGAAGCAUACACUCUGAAAGACAAUGCGGUGCUUGUGGAUUUUUAUGUCGUCUUUACAGGUUUGACUUUUGACAUUGAUACUUCUAAUCUCCGAAGAGAGUUUCUACUUGGUCUGGUUGAGAAGGAAGAAGACAUGUACCUUGGAGAUUUUCAGGUUGACCCAGAGAAUGUAGAUUUCUAUGUGCUGGGUAUUGAGGCCCCCCUGGUUGGUGGGAGUAAGGUUGAAGUACUGGAUGUAUCUUUACCAGAUUGGGCCUGGAUUGUUAUAUUCGGAGGAGCAAUAUCAUUCCUUAUUAUAGCACUACUUGGCUGUACUGUGGGAUGUAAUAGAUGGCGACAGAACCGCGUGAAGAACCGGAUUCUGAGCGCCAAGUCUCUAGCGGAGUUCAAGAGUUUUAACUCUUUGGAAUUAAUGGAUUCAGAUCAAGAUUCAUCAGGAGUAAACCUUUACAACAAGAGUGGUAUUAAGACCAAUAUUUGGACGAUUCAGCGAAACCAAGAAUCAAACAUUUACUCAAGGAUUAAGUUGCCGAGUAAGCUGGCUGGUCGAUCUGGAAAAUAUCAGCCACCAAAACUUCCUGCUAAUAAUACAUUCUCUGUAUCUGAACCCCCCGCCAACAAUUCAGCUUUAUCUCAAGAGGAAAAGGUGGAAGCUUGGAAGAAAACCAACCCUGUUGCUGGUCCUUUGAGUAGUUCAGAUUCUGAUUCAGGAGUAUACUCUAGGAGAGCCUCUGUUAGUCGACCGGCGCGCUCAAGUCUAAAAUCCUACAAAUCCGGGAAAUCUGGUAAAUCCGCGAAAUCCGUAAGAUCUGGAAAAUCUACGUCCGGUAGAUUUGAGGAAAUGGCAAUGCAGCAGAUAGAACCAACAGAAAACUUUGAUGUGGCGUUCAUGGAGAAUGGAAGUGCGAACGUGAGUCGAGCUAAACUACUGGAGGAACUGGAUCGGUCAGUUUCAGACUCCGAGGGAUCUAUAAUCUAAUUUAUUUGGUUCAUUUUGAAUUUUCCAUUUUUCCGAUUUUAUUGGCGAUAUUUUAGAGAAAAUUUCUAUUUUAUAAAUCUAAUAUGAAUAUUAUAGCUUUAAGCUAUUUUAGUAAGAUAUCUUGACUGAAUUGAUGAAAUGUGCAUUUCAAAAUGCAAUAUUUUUGUAUCGUUAAUUAACAUGUAAAACUAAUAAAUGACUUUUAUUGUACUUCAGAAAAUUUGUAAAUAAACGGAAACAAAUAAA